AUGUAUGGUCAAGUCAUUUCUGCCUCAUAUCGUCGUGGGGUUCCAACUGGGCAUAAGUCAAACGGUGAGUCGCAGAUGGGUCAGGCCGGUAAUAGUUUGGGACUUGACGAUGUAUUUGAUCAUGCCAGUUUGGACUUACAGAAUGUGAGUGACAAUGAUGAUGUCCCGACUGAAGAUAUCGACUCGGAAGGGUUUAAUGAUUUCGUAGGUGACUCACCUCCACAUUCACCACCACAUUCACCUCCAUAUUCACCUCCACAUUCACCUCCACAUUCACCUCCAGCUAGACGAAGCAAUGUUAUUCGUCUUAGGCCUUGGGUUGUCUCAGGACCAGUUGUUGAUGGCCCUCAUGACGGUUCUGUUAUUCCCAGUUUUCUUGGUCAUGUGGCCCAUCGAUUGACGGAUAAGUCGUACAAACCCUCCUUGGAGAUGGAUACAAGAGUCACAUACUUCAAGUUGUUAAAAGAAUGA